CUUGGCCCGUGUGUAAGCUGACGUUAUAACAGGAGACGUGGACGGAAUUGGCUCAGUUGGUGUCGCCUCUCCUCGGCUUCCAGAGCAAGAUGAUCCUCUCCGUGUUGUGUGUGGCGGCGACGGUGUCUUUCGCUUCCGCUGCGACGAUGACGCCUUCAGGUUAUAUAAGUCCGUCGACAUUUCCUUCAGCUGAUCCCUUGUGCCAGCCGACGGACUCCGCGGAUGUCUGCAGAAUUCAAGAAGAGCAAGUGUGGCUUCAUCACAAAGGCGCUGUCUCCUCCAGGCGGGUACAUAAGGACGUUCAUUAACUGUGCCCAGGACGCCGGCAUUCCUCUGAAUCCUGUAUUCUUCAUGAGCAUUGGUGAAGCUUACAAGAACGGAGUUCCAGAGAGUCUUGGUGAUAUGAUCUCUCCUGACCCCAGCGUGGUCGUCGGCAUCCGCCGCUGUGCCAUGAAUGCUACGGGCCUGGUGCUCCCCGACAUGAGUCUCGACCACAAGUCCGUCGCCAACGCCCUCAUAGAGGCGAGCGGCGGGUCCCCCUACGGAAAUGCCGUGGCUGCUGCAGUUACCUCUUGCCCUAAACCUCGCUUGUACAAGAUGGCCGAUUACAUGAGCUGCCUCAAGAAAAAUUGCGUCGACUCUCUGGUUCCUCCUGCUGUGUCUCCCUGAAAAAUAUAGGUGUUUCCCGGCGAUAGACCUUGAGCAUGGUAUCUUUAUCAUCUGUAGAGAGCAAAAUGUGUGCAGAAAGAGUGAAUGGUUAAACAAAAUUUUUAAAAAUAGUAUAUUGUUUUGAGAUGGAUAUGAUUAAAAGGCUUUUAUUUU